UAAAAUAAAAAUUCUCAAUUAAAGUUUAGAUAAUUUUUCAGACAUAUUAAAGCAUGAUGCUUCAGAGAAACAAUAUAAGCAGUGAUGAAGCAGAGAAGUUUAUGGACGAAACACUCAGUGGCACUGGCUUCCUGUCGCUCGUCGAAAACAUCUUCCUCUUCAUCAUCCUCCAAAGGUGUAAAAGGCUGCCUCUUCAAAUCAAGCUUCUCAUGCUCAGCAGCACUGUGUCCGAUUCCAUCCUUGGAGCCAACUGCUUCCUUCUUCACUGUCGGGCAUUGACGGACAUUUUCGUCAACAAAGAGAUGUUUUGCUGGAUAAGACAGAGCAUAUUCUGGACGACCGUCAUCGUCUCGGUAUUUUUCAUGACUUUGCUUUCUUUGGAUCGUUGCCUGUCUCUCACCCUCGUUAUGAGGUACCAGUCCAAGAUAGACCUGUUUACCACGAGUAUUGUUUUAAUAGUCGCGUGGAGCCUGGGACUUGUUUUUGGAGUUUCCAGGGCAGCUGACGUUCAGUACAAUGGUCAGUGUACUCAGACAGACGGCAUUUCAACACACUUCAUGUACGCUGGUGUGUCUGUCGUCUGCUUCAGCAUCAUUCUGAUGUCCUUUUUUGUCAUUUAUUGCAUUCUAAAACGGUAUAGUCCAUCCGUAAUUUCCAUUACAUACUUACUCAAAGAAAACCACCAUAUCGUUGCCGCCGAGGUUCGCGCCGUCGUCCGUAUGCACCUGAUCACUAUCGUGUUUCUGUUGUGUUAUGUUCCUGGGAUAAUUUGCACAAGUAUUUCAGACUUUUACCCCGAUUUAAAAACCAAAUACCAAACUUUUGAAACAUCGAUGAAGUCAAUGAAAGUCCUGUUUCUGCUGAAUGGAAUCCUAAACCCUUUCCUGUACGUCUGGAGAUUCAAAGAAUGCAGCAUAAACGCCAGGCUGUUGCUGCCUAGCUGGGGGAGCUGGUGUAGAGGCGUGCACGAGGACGCCGUCCGGGAGAGGGUGUACUUGUAUGCCUCCUACAUGGAAUCUCCCACUACCAGCAUCAGCUACAUCCGGUCCAGCGAGAACAACACUCUGGCUAUGCCGAACAGAAUCUGA